UAUGUACUUGGAGUUAGUUGUAUGUUUCACGUGCUUCAAUACGCAACUUGCUUUAGUAUAUGGAAUUUUAGGAGGCGAAGAGAUCACUAUAGUACAGGCCCCUUACCAAGUCAACUACGGAGAUAUUUGUGGUGGAGUCCUCAUACACAGGCAAUGGGCUUUGACCACCGCUCACUGCGGAACAGAAGAAACCUUUAUUAGAGUUGGAAGCAAAUAUCGUCAGAUAUCUCGCAAAAUCAACAUAAUUUCACACAUAGUCCAUCCAAAUUUUGCCAAAAGACAUGAAUUUGACUUCGACGUUCAGUUGCUUAAAUUCAGAAGUUUGAGGUUCAGUAAAUUCGUUCAUCCGAUUGAAAUAAGCGAUGGAGAAUAUGGACAUUACAUGUUUGUGACCGGUUGGGGGUUUACGAAAGAAAAAGGCCACUUCAACGAUAUUCUCCGACGGGCUCAAGUGCAAAUCGUGCCAAAGCCAGAAUGCCAAACGGUACCGCAACCCUGGUAUAACUACAGUUUGACUUCUAGAAUGUUCUGCGCUGAAGGGGAAGGGGAAGACGCUUGUCAGGGUGACAGUGGCGGGCCAGCCGUCUCCUUCGGCCGGCUAGUGGGUAUCUCGUCAUUCGGUUACGGCUGCGGUCGAGUUCCUGGUGUUUAUGUCAACGUGUCUGACGAGAAGAUUAAAAGGUGGCUGGAGAAGCAUGUUGUAUAAGACCAAUGUGGGGAAGACCCCCGCAUGUAUUAUGAUUUGAUUUAAAAAAACCUUCUACUGUUCUUCUUCAGCCUAGUGCCAGGGUCCGCUUUCCUGCUCAAUCUUCUCCACUUUGCCCGAUCUUCGGCAUCCUCAGGUGUUAGAUUGCUCUUUUCCAUGUCCACUAUCAUGACGUGGACGUCGUGAUAGCUUCUUAGGCCUACAGCAGGCUUCUACUGUUAUCAUUAAAAUUAUGUAGGUAUAGUAAUUUUUAAAAUGGUAUUUUAUUUGG